AUGCUUCUUUCGUUACGAUCCAAUGUCCUUCGCUCAAGCCUCAAUAUCAAUAGCUUAUGCAUAGCUUCGCGGCUUUCCAGUACUUGCGCCACUCGAAAAUUUCAACCCAUCCUCCAUGAUAUCGUGGCCGAACUCAAGCAACAUCAACCAAAGUUUUCCAUUCCCGCAGAUGGAAUACGUAUUCUCUCACAGCCCAGCGCGUUCUAUUCGACACUUUUAGAUAUGAUCAGGAGGGCUGAAGAACGCAUAUUCCUUUCUUCGCUGUAUAUAGGUUCCAGCGAGAAUGAACUCAUAGCAACGUUGAUGAAUAGACUCGCAGAAAAGCAGUCACUACAUCUGUAUCUCCUGCUAGAUUUGAACCGUUCAACAAGACCGGGCCCUGCGUCCACUGCUGCAAUUCUAUUACCACUCCUGCGCGCAUUUCCCGACCGUGUCCAUGUAUCCUUAUUUCGCAGUCCAAAUUUACGCGGCAUCCUGGCCAAAAUUGUCCCUCCAAGGUUCAAAGAGGGUUGGGGCACUUGGCAUGCAAAAAUAUAUGGUGUCGACAACGAUGUAAUAAUCAGCGGUGCUAAUCUAAGUAAGGACUACUUCACGAAUCGCCGUGACCGAUAUAUUCGAUUCACUGCCCAAGUCCAUCUUUCCGAUUACUGUUUCGACUUUCUUCAGGAGAUAACCCCAUUCUCAUAUCGACUACUUCCUAGCGAGGCUACUACUCUGCCUAACAAUGGCACCAACCGGAAUUCCCAAAUUUGCGGAGACUAUGCGCUUAUAUGGUCAGAUCCAGAAACACAUCCGCAUCGUAUUCGAGAUAAGAUGCAACAAGCACUCACUUCAUUCCAAGCAACGAAUCGUCAAAAAUUCGAGGGGGAAGAAAAAGCAGGAAGACCUUGCACUUCCUCCUCCAACGUUACUCUUUUUCCCAUUAUCCAAGCUGGACAGUUCUGCGUUCGCGAAGAGGAGCACUUUUUCCAGCUUCUUUUCGGGCACUUGAAAAAGGCGGCGAUGCGCGCAUACUUACCCUCAGUGGGCUCUUUACCCGCUGGUGUCUCGUCUAUAGUACAAGAACGUCCUUUAAUGGACCUGACGAGUGGGUACUUUAGUUUGUAUCACCCUUACCAGAAGUUGUUCCUUCUGCAUCCUCAGGUUGAGGUGCGGAUCGUUGCUGCUAGUCCGAAAGCAAAUGGGUUCUAUGGAUCACAAGGGAUAUCCGGUCGAAUACCAGAAGGUUAUACCUUCCUUGAACAAAAGUUCAUGAGAGCUGUGAGGCGAACGGCGGACCGAUUUUCGAUAUUUGGUUCAGGACAAAGUAACAUAGACUUGUCUGAAUGGGAAAAGGACGGUUGGACGUAUCACGCGAAAGGUUUAUGGCUGUCUCCUAGCGCAGAUUCGUCCCCGGUAUUAACCCUUUUUGGAUCAACAAACCUUAAUUCUCGAUCUGCGGAUAUUGACACGGAGCUUUCGUUCGUCAUGGCGCUACCACCCUCUACCGCUUCUCCAGCAGCAAAUGAUCCUGUGGAAACGUUACGUGAACAGCUUGCUCGAGAAGUCGCAGUUAUUCGUGAGGAUGUGAAGCCCUGGAAGGGCGAUUCAAGGAAGGUACGAUGGUUGACGAAGCUCAUUGUCUUUCUGGUGGGGAAGAAACUCUGA